AUGGCGACGGCAGACAACAGCCUAGCGUCGCCUGCGGAGACCAGCUCCGCUGCCGAUGUCGUCAUCGACGUGUCGGGCUCGGGCUUCGCCUCGAUUCAGGACGAGUGGGUCGCGGAGCCCGGUGUGAGCGAGCUGUGCCUCAUGUUCAACGCGAUCGAGAGGAUCGAGAAGCUGGACGGGCUGACGUCGCUGCGGAAGCUCAACCUGCGCGCCAACCGCAUCGCCGAGAUGCGCGGGCUGGGAUCGCUCUCUCAGCUGGCAGAGCUCGAGCUCUACGAGAACCGGAUCGAGCGGAUAGAGGGUCUGGAAGGGCUCGAGGCGCUGACGAUGCUUGAUGAGCUGCACCUCGGCCGGAACAAGAUCAACAGCCUCGCCGGCCUCGCCGGCCUGCCUGCGCUGCGCGUGCUCGGCGUCGCCUCCAACCGGCACCGCUGCCCGCAAGGGACACUCGACAGCACGCUCGUGCGGCUCGAGCGGCUGCACACUCUCGACCUCUCCGCCAACCGGCUGGCGGCCAUCGAGGCGUCACUCCGAGAAGCUUCCACCGCUAGACCCACUCCCACGCUUGCGUGUCGGUGCGCCUCGCUCGCCUCGCUCGAGGAGCUGUGGCUCAACACAAACCCGAUCGCCACGCUGUCCGACGUGGCGCAGCUGUCGACCCUCCCCGUCCUCAAGACCAUCUACCUCGAGGGCUGCCCGGUCAGCAAGCUCGCCGACUACAGGCAGGCGCUUCUGCGGCUGGCGCCGCGGCUACAGCAGCUGGACGCCGACAUGAUCCCGCAGAGCUGA